GAACAAAGGAACAUGAGCAGAAGGGGAGACUUGAUGGCGGCUGAGUUCUGCUCUCUGGUGACAGUGACAGGACCCAAGGGAAUGGCAUAGAGCUGCGUCAGGAGAGAGUCAGGUUGGGAGUUAGGAAAAGGUCCUACUCCAGAGGGGUGAUGGGCAUGGAACAGGCUCCUCAGGGCAGCGAGCACAGCCCUGAGUGCUGGAGUACAGGGAGUGUAUGGGCAGCGCUCUCAGACGUUGGGCUGGAUUUGGGUAGUUCUGUGCGGAACUGGGAGCUGGACUUCAGGAUCCUUCUGUAUCCCUUCCAACUCAGCCUGUUUUAUGAUGGUGCCACCUUGGGGUUUUGUCCCAAGGCUUCUUUCUAUGACCUCUCAAGCAGCAAAAUUGGAAAAAGCGGAAAAGAAUAGCUUUUUCAGAAAGAGCCUGUAACAAGCAAAAUGCAGCUUAAGCUUCCAUGCCUCAAGAGUCAGGAGCCAUUCUCUUUUUGCAUGAUUUCUUCUCAUAAAGAGCAGCAAGGCAGUGGCACAGGCUGCCCAGGGAGGUGGAGGAGUCAUUGUCCCUGGAGGCGCUCAAGAACUAUGUGGAUGUGGCACCAAGGGUCAUGGGUUAGUGGGCAUCAUUGGGAUGGUUGGUGGUUGGACUAGAUGAGCUUAAUUGGUUUUCCAACCGUAAUGAUUCUAUGAUGACCAGUAAUAAGAGGGUCUCUUGUCACCAAUGCUCCUUUGCCCAGCUGCUGGACACUGCCUCAUUACCAACACUCCCUGUCUGCCCACCACCUGUGUGCUCGUUGUGGAGCUGUGCACCUGAAGACUGAAAGCUUCAAGUUUUAGUUGGACAGCAUUUGCUUGAAGUGCAUCCAUAGCAAGUAGAACAAGGAAAGAAAAGAACAAACAAAACCCCCCCAAACAAGGCACAGACAUAUAUAUUCCACUAUAUAAGUAGUGGUUCAGAGAAAGGAUGCUCCCAUUUGGGAUGUCACCAACUUGCUGGCAUUCCUUAUCAAAAUGUAGUUGCCAUAAAAUUAAGUAACGCCUAAUAUUUUAAACUCCAAACACAGCAAAAAUAACAAUUUCCUGCAACAUUCCUUUAACACACAUAUACAGCACAUGUGAGCCAUCCCAGGGAAUUCAGGUGUUUGUAGAAUUGACCCAUUCUGUAACUGCACGUUAUGUGUAAAAUUAGAUGCACAAUGAAAAAUAUGUGGGUUGAAAACAUAUUAGGAGCUUACAAACAGAGGGAAAAAACCGAUCUGAAUACUCAUUUCCAAACACAUUCAAUCAGACGUGAGCAAACAGGUACAAUAUCCUGUUUUAGAUGAUUUAGAUGAUUUAGCAGAUGGUUUAGAUGAUAUCAGCAGAAAACAGUCAACCGUAGAUUCUUUAAAAAGACUUAACAGGGGAAAGAUAGAGAAGGAAGGUCGUUUUAGGAGCUCGCACACAGCUGGAUAAGACCGUGUAUUAAAGCACCACGUCCCACCCGCAGCCAUGCCCCGGUACCUGCGGCAGCUUGGGGUCGUUGAUGUCCCAGGGAAAGGCGCUCCGUUUUCUCCUCCAUCGUGAAAUAAAGCCUGCCCUACAGCCCCACCGAGACGGGAUGCAGAAAGGAAAACAGUGAAGGACGGAGUAGAGAUAAGCAGCAACAUGGCAGCCCAUGCAGAAGACUAUCUCGAAUCACUGCUCAUUGAUGCCUUUAAGGGGAAGGGGUACCAGAAGAUAAGUGACCUGCUGCAAGAGAGAGAAACAGACACGCUGCAAAAGUACAGCAACUCUCUCCUUAGCCAGCUCGACAAAGCACUGAGAAGGGAGCUGGACAAGAACGACUUCCACAACGUGUCCCUUCUGCUGAAGUGUAUCCAGCUCUACUUCAAGAGUGAUCUCCAGCAGGGGACGAGCUUGUUCAUUGAGCAAGGACUUGUAGAAAAGAUGGUAGCUUGGUUUGAAAGAGCGAGAACGUUUGUGAUCCUCAUUGACCCAACUGAAAAUAGUUUUUUGAUGGUGCUUCUAGAAGACUUCUUUGACUCUGCAUUGGUGAUUUGCAAGUGCAGUAAUGAAGGGAAGAAGCAGUUGGUGAACUUGUUUCUGCCUGAGCUAGGGCGUCUGGUGACAGAGGCAAGCAUUUGCUGUGCCCUGCGGCAGGAGGCAUUGAGGACUCUCAACUCUAUACUUGACAGUGUCCCACGUGAGGGCAGAAAGAAACUCCCGCUGUCGGAGGAGGUGUGUUUCCUUACGAAGGAUCUUGCAAAAACAAUGCUGGAGGCUGGUGAUUACGACCUUCAGGUUGCCCUUUCAGAAGCACUCUGUAGGUUAACGAUAAAAAAAUGGAGAGAUGACCUUGUUAACCACUGGUUUGAAGAUAAGUAUCUUGCUGAAGCUUUCAAAGAGAUCAAGGAUAAAGAAUUUGAGACGGACUGCAGGAAAUUUCUUAACCAGUUAAAUGAAAGGCUUGGGGAUAAAAGAAGAGUCUAUUCAUUUCCUUGCCUGUCUGCUUUUGCUGACGUGAGCCAGGUGAAGAAGCCAUCAGAUGAGAAGCUGGACAAGUUCUGGAUUGACUUCAACACUGGCAGUCACAGUGUGACUUUUUACAUAGACAGUACUGAGGGUGUUCUUUGGGACUCUGUAAGGCUACAGAAAGAAGCAGUCAGCUGCUACAGUCUGAAGGAGGAUGGUGGAGAAAAGAUAGUCAAAAUUUACAUGAAGAUACCUGCUACUCUUAACAAAACAGAAGCAACAAAAAUCAAGUUACAUUUCAGUGCUGAGUAUGAAAUAUUUAGUAUACUUAGAAAAGUCCUUGGAGAUGAAAAAAUGAUGGCAAACAUGGGUGAAGAGGAGUCCAUCCACAAUGAGAAGCAAACCAGGCAGAGUGAAGAAGUGACAUCUCAGUCCAGUGAUCUACAGAAGAAGAAAGAUCCUGAAAACUUUGAAAACAUGGAAUCCAUAGCAGAAAACUUGAUCUCACAACACAACGAGCAGUUAGUGGGCACUGUAGCACAGAAAACGUCUAACUCUGAUGUCGCCAUGAGUGCAGUGAACCAGCAAUCUGGCCUGGACGAAGCUGACCAAGGCUCAGAGAAAGCAGGCAAACAAAAACAUUUACUAGUAGCUCCAGAGAGUGAAGUUUCCUUGUCUCCUUCAGCAAACAAGUCCAAAACUCAAUCUCCAAGGAUGGAUAUGAAGUCUAGUGAGAAGCCAUCAGAAGAGAAACUUACGGAAGCGUCAAUGCCCAAGGUUGGUACCUUGGAAAAGAGAACCAGAACAAAAGGUUUGGUCAAGCAGAAGACUGGAGGCAGGAAGGACUGCUAUGACUUUGAGGUCUCAGACUCUGCAAGUCAUGAGAAGGUUGCUGAAGCCAAAGAGAAGGUUUUCAUGAAGAAAAACUAUUCACAAAAUCAGAGUUACAGGAAGCAUCUCUUCUCUGAAAGCAAUAAUGAAAAAACAAGCAACAGUGAGAGUGAGAAAAGCUGGAUCCUCAACUCGCAGAAAGAGCUACUGCCAAAAUCUCUCAGCUACACCCGAAAAAGGCGCAGAGUGAGAAGAAAAUUAAAAGUACUUCCAGUGUCAUCUCCAAGCAGCAGCAAUGAAAACCAGAUGGAAGAGCAGGGAGCAGCAAGACAAAAAGAUGAAAAGAAAGCGUCAAGGAAAAAACACACAUCUACCUCUAAGGGUGUUGAUUUACCUACAGAGGAUCUUGCUGGUGACGUGCCAUCAGAGGAGCCCAAAGGCACAUGGCAGCCAUUGGAUGUGUCUAUGGAGGAGCACUCUGGUGUGGAGGAGGAGGUGACACAGAAGUUUCGCAAUGUGUCUGGUGAAGAGACAAGAGAAGAAGAAAGCUUUAAGCGGAAGGACUCGGAUGCAUUAAGUGGCACUGUUGUGAAGAAGCCCAGGUUUUUCAGUUCGGAAACAAAGCACUUGUCCUCUGAGUCACCCUUUAAACCAAAGAAGCUUUUGAACUCAGUUGAGAAGAAAGAGGAGAUCAAAAGAGAUCAGGAAACGGUUGAUGUGAGUACUGCCUUUCUUUCCAAGAUACAGCAUGAAGAUAUUGGUGAUGCAGGAGUGAUUGCUGUAUUUGAAAGUUUUACCAACCAGCUAAAGCAACUGUUCUGGUCCAGGUACAAAGAGAUGGAGAUGUCUGCACAGAACACGCUGAAGACUUCUGAGAAGAAUGUUUCUGCUCUGCUGAAAGAGAUUCAUGAGUGCAGACUGAACAAGCUGGAAGCCUUCAAGAAGAUUGUUGUGGAGGAGCUUGCCAGCCUUGAGAAAGAUACUCAGAUCUUGAGGAACAUGGAGAAGGAUGCAGUGGACUUCUGGAACGCACAGUUGCACAAACUGAAUUCUUUCUGCAACCAGCAGAAGCAAAGAAUUCAGUCUGUUGAUUCAGCCCUGGGUGAGACAGCUGAGAGUUUUGCCAGUACAAUUGUCAACACCUCACACAAUGUCUCAAUGAAGAGUGCAGUAGAGAAUGGUGUGUUUGUUGUUCCUUCUGACUAGCAGCCCUCUGAUUCACUGGAGUGUUUGAAAAUGCAGAUAAGAUGGUCUUGUGAAGGAGAUGUUAAUCUAUUUUUAAAUGGAAAGAAAAAUGAGAAGAGAGAAAAUAACAUUGGUAAUGAGUUUUUUGUUGUUUUGUUUAAGAAUAGUAUAUGCUGGUUGAAUUGUUCCAUUUUGACCUGUGUCCAAAACGUUGUUCCUGCAAAACUGUAAGAUAGGCUCAUUAAAUACCAAAGAAAUAGAAAAUGAACUAAGUAUAAUGACUCAGCCAACAAACUGAUGCACAUUGGCCACUCAGCUCUGGACUGCAGAGAAGAAAGCAUGAAGGGAUCUACUGGAUGUUGGCCAUGUGCCUGGUGGCAUUCUGCAGACUAAAGGGCAAGAAACCUGGAGCAUUGCAGGCAUAAAGGCAAGUGAAACUAGAGAAAGUAUUUCUAAAACCAGUAAUUAUAGCUUGCUGUACUUUGUACUCUCCUGGAAGCUAAUGUUAGAAUUAGAUAAGUAACACCAAAGGUCUCUUGAAAAUGAACAGCAGAUAAACUAUGCUAUUUAACAUCAUUCUCUCUUUCAACAAGUUGGUUUCCUAAAUUGCGGUUGCUCUUCACAGCAUUAAAUGCAGCUUGUGACAAACUUCACUCGUGCUGCUGCAUCUUAAUGAAUGUGUGGGAAUGUGGAGUGGUUCCAAGCUCUGUUUCUACCUACUUGCCUUGUAAAACAGACCUCAUAUUGCCUUGUGAGUUAGAGUCAGGGGAAUCCCCCCUGCACAUGUUGUACCUGCAUGGCAAAAGUCCAGCUCUGCCAGGGCUGUUUCAUCACUGAAAGCCUUCAGGUAGCUGAGCCUGCUCCCUCUCAGAAAGGCUGCAGUAUCAUACCUGAAUUGAGAACAGUGAAAAUCUAUAGCUGCUAUUGCUGAAACACUUCCUGAAAGUGUAGUGCUUUUUCCUUUUGCUGAAGUAUUCCUGGGCUGGUGUGAGAUAAGGCUGCAUUUCCAUUCAUAUCAAGAGGUGGCUGGUUCUUUCUUUCCAAGUUGAUUUAAAAGCAAAGACUUAUUCACUCCUGCCCUUCCUACAGAUCCAGUACCACUGGUCUGCCUUCUGCCAUUUGUAAUGUGUGAAAGACUGGAGCUGCUAUUUUGUGACUGCUGGCUUGCCUGUAUUUCUUUGAGGGCUGUCCCUGGUUUCCUGACUAUGUUGCAUCCUUCUGCUGCUCUGCAGGGUCUUUGCAGCAGUCACUGAAACUCUGCUUUUGUAACCUGUGACCUUGGGCAGUGUCAGGUCCUUUAGGACAGAUGUUGUCAUGGCUGGCUUAGGCUUGUUCACCUCCUUCAACACCAUGUUUGUUGCCCAAAGAGAAGGUUUGACACGGGAAUCAUAGUGAGUCGUGAGGGCUCUCCUCACUUAGGGAUCCUUUUUUUUUUUUCUUUCCCCCCCUCAAAUAAUGAUAGCAAUGGAUGGCCAUUUGUUUCUGAGAUCAUUUUUGGUGGUUUUACUUGCUCUCCAGGUUAGAGCAGCCAAGCACUUAAGUUUUGUGAGCACAAGGGAGUAGAUGUUGCAAGUUCUGUUUUGCUACGUCUCCCCACUGUUGGUGGAUGGUGAUAGAAUACCAUUUUCACAUCACUUAUGACCCUAAAAAUAGGCAUGUUUCUCAUGUAAUUAUCUGUAGGGCACAUAGAGGAAUAAAACUGCUGCAUAAUGUAUUUCUUGUUGAAUCCUUGUGUAAUCUGUCAGUAAAAAGUUUGGGAGGUGUGUUGAGCAGUUCAGGUGGUUUGAAUAAAGGAGAAAACAUCCUCUUUCACUGAAGCACGUAUGCAACAAUAACUUUUAUUGCUUUUAAUUGUUUUACUGGACCCCAAAAGGCAGCUUUCCCUGACAGGGUAGGAUGGGAGAGGGGAUAGAGCUGCCAUGUAGCUUAGAUGACCCUUUCCCCUGCACUUCUUUUCUAUCCUUUCAUAUAAAAUGUGUUAUCUAUUGAGCAGCAUAGCAAGUUAAGCCUGGCAAGCUGUGAACUGCCUGAGCUGGGAGGUGGUUUGGUCCUUCCCAGUGGUCUUCACAUCUGUGCCAGCAAUAUGUACAAGUAUAGACAACAUCUGGGUCAGGAAUGGCCUCCUGUGUUUGGACAGCCCAUCUUGCACCAUUUCCUGUGCUGUUGGGUCAGUUUGGUAGCUGAAGUCCCUUGAAGGUCUGAAGUCCACUUGGCUUCUGCAGGUAAUGUGUUGCAAAACGGCCUUGUGCAAGUUACCCUAAAGUUUCCCACAAAAGAAUUAUUUGCUG